AUGUGUAAGAAGGGAAACAACUUAAUAGAGGCAAAACUGGAGCAGGCACUGUAUGCGGAGGCAGCCUCAUGCCAUGCGCUGUGCUCGGAAGAGAGAGAUCUGUGGAAAAAGAAAGGUUUUGAGCCUAGUUUAUGUCUGGCGAGCGGCUACUGGGGUCUGGGAGGUUUGAGCAUUGAGAUAAAGUUCGGAUUGAAGAUGGUCCGGGAGGAGUUGCAGAAGGAGAGGUUCAAGGACGUCUCACCGCAGGUGGAGAGGAAAUACACCUCGCACCAUAACAUAAACAGCACCGAAGUGGUGGGAGGAGGGGGAAAUGAAAACAAUAAAAAGUCUAUGACAGGGAGGAAUCAGGGAGGUCCUUGGAGCAGGAACCAGAGACCAGACAGUCGGAAGCCCCAGAGUGGAGUCUUUGACAGAACAGACAGAACCAGUGGGGACAACAGGGAGGGGAAACUGUCCAAUGCUCAGUCCAGCAAAACGCUGACACACCUGGUCAGAGGAGACAACAUCCGGGUUGCGGGGCUGGGCUCAGACAUUAGCUCUGGCUCGCAGGUCGCACUUCCGGGUUCACUGGCUAUGGGGGGCAUGGGCUCCGUGGUGCUGGGUGGCAGUGUACUGGUCUUUGGUUGUGGAGUGGGGCUGGUGGCAUUCUUCCUAGAGUCACAACAGUCCAGCACCCACUCCACAAAGGAGGGGAAGUUACCCGAGGACCGUCCACUGGAAGAAAACAAGGACACCGAAACAGCAGGAAGCCGACCAGAUCAACAACUAGAAGAAGACAAGAGAAGAAUAAAAAACAUAAAGCAUCUAUUUCUUCUUACAGACAGGCAUCAGAGUAAACUGAGAGUUGCAGAUGUUUUUGAGAUAUCUGCUCAUUCAUUACAGUCUCAUGAGUCUUGUGCUGAAAAAGAUCUGGUUCAGACUUUCCUACAGAACCUCCUUAUGAUUAACUACAGAGCAAGAUACAUUAACAUUAAAGAGACAAAUGAACAUCAUCACAGACAACAAAGAGAAAAUGUCUCAAAAAAGCAAGAGAGAAAUUUUGUAAAAGCUAUGUCUUUGUCUAAUAAGGGAGUGAGUAAACCAGACCUAGUUCACCCGAUGGAUGUUCAGAUGUCUGUGUUUCAUUGUGCUGAUAGUUUACUAAAGCAGCUGAUGGUCACAAAACUCUCACAGUGUCAGUUUGCUCUUCCUCUUCUUGUUCCUCAUCCAUUCAAACAAGAGAUUGAGUUUCCUCUCUGGACAUUCAGACAAAUCAACAAGAGCUGGAAGAUGAGAAAUACUAACAAUGAUAUCAUCAGUAAAGAAGAGCCAGUCUACAAAGCAGAAACUCCAAUGGUGUCGUUCUUCAGGUUUGGCUCUGUGACGUCAUCCAAGUCUCAGCUGAUGAACAAUCUGAUCAAUGAGAAACACAACACGUUCUUCCACAGGAACUGUCCAGGCAGCAGCAGAACCAGACUACUGAUGGAUGGAGUGGUGGAGAUCGCCUGGUUCUGGCCCUCUGGAAAAAACACAGAUACUUUUACUUACUGUAUUGCCUUCUGUAAUCUUCAUGGUGAUGCAGGAGUCAAUGAGAAACAACUGCAGUUUCUGACUGAAAAGUCUUCAGUCAAUGUUGUUCUCCUGUCACAUAUUGAUGAGAAUGACAAAAACAUAACAAAACUCGAGAAUCUCUACAGUGACUCAAAGCCACUUAUUUGCCUUUUUACUGAGGACAAAUCUGCUCUCACUGAGACAAAGAAAGGAAAAUAUAAAAUUGGUCUGAAAGACAGAAAUCAGUCAGAAGUUUCAGAAGAACUCAGAAGAGCUAUCAAUGAUUGUCUCUCAUCUUCAGCAUCAGCUUCCAUGUUCAGACUUGAAGAUUUGUCUAAACACUCAGAUAUCAGAGUAGAUGAGGAAGAUGAUGAAGACUGCAGGAGAGGAAGAGAAGCAGCACAGCAGAUGAUGAGUUUACUGAAGAAUAAAAAUCUAAAAGAAAUCAAAGAAUCAUUUCUGCCCUGUCAGGGUAAACUCUGGCAUCAGUGGUGUCAGAAGAACAAAGAACUUCAUCGACCUCAAGGGGAAGACAUAGAACAAGAAAUAAGUCAAAAACAAACAGAAAUGAAGAAAAUUCGUGAAGAACAACACAAAUCCCACACAAGUGAGUUUAUAAAGUUCUUUAUAAAACAAAUGAAUUCAUAUGCUGCAAAUAGUAGUUUUUUCCUGAAAUGGCUCAGAAUCCUUCUAAAUGAAGUUACCUCAGCAGAUCUUUCUGCUCUGCAACACAAGUAUGAUAAAAACUGGUCAAAAGUCUCAAAACUCAAAGGAAAUGAUAAAACUAACCAACUCAAAGAACAAAAAGAACUUGAGAAAAUAUCUGAAGAACUUCAAGCAGCAAGCUUUGGUUUGGAGCACAUCAUAAGAGAGAUCGGUCAGAUCUAUGAAUCAUGUUCAUCUGUGAAGAAGAACAAGACAGAUCUUCAGUUUAACUUCUCUUCUCUCCCGAGUCUUGCAGCAGAGAUGAUGAUCAGUGGAUUUCCACUGGAGCUGAUGGAUGGAGAUGCUGCUCAUGUUCCUCUGAUCUGGAUCACUGCUGUUCUAGAUGAACUCAUACAGAAACUGGGAGACCAGAGAGUCUUUGUGCUGUCAGUUUUAGGGAUUCAGAGCUCUGGGAAAUCCACCAUGCUGAAUGCCAUGUUUGGACUUCAGUUUGCAGUCAGUGCUGGCCGAUGCACCAGAGGAGCUUUCAUGCAGCUGAUCAAAGUAUCAGAGGAGAUGAAAGAUCAGAUGAAGUUUGAUUAUAUUCUGGUUGUUGAUACUGAAGGUCUUCGUUCUCUAGAAUGUAAUGGAAAAUCCACAAGACAUCAUGACAAUGAAUUGGCCACAUUUGUUGUUGGUCUUGGACAACUAACAUUGAUAAACAUCUUUGGAGAAAACCCAGCUGAGAUGCAGGAUAUUCUUCAGAUUGUUGUUCAGGCCUUUCUGAGAAUGAAGAAGGUCAAUCUGAAACCCAGCUGCAUGUUUGUACAUCAGAACGUUUCAGACGUCACAGCUGGAGAGAAAAACAUGCAGGGAAAGAGACGACUUCAGGAGAAACUGGAUGAAAUGACAAAACUUGCUGCUGAGGAUGAGGUCGAUAAUGCAGAAUGUUUCAGUGAUAUCAUAAAUUUUGAUGUACAGAAUGAUGUGAAGUAUUUUGCUCAGCUGUGGGAGGGAAGCCCACCAAUGGCACCACCAAACCCAAACUACUGUGAAAAUAUUCAAGAACUAAAGAAAACUAUUAUUUCAGAAGCCUCAAAAUCAAAUGGAAUGAGGCUGACACACCUGAAAAGGCAUAUUCAUGAUCUCUGGGAGGCUUUACUGAAUGAACGAUUUGUGUUCAGCUUCAGAAAUUCUCUGGAGAUUUCAGUAUACAGGAGACUGGAGACAGAAUACAGCAAGUGGACCUGGACUCUUCGCAGUGCCAUGAUAGAAAUUCAGACCAAACUGCAUAAUAAAAUAGAAAAUGAAGCAAUUCAUGAGAUUGACGAAACUGAACUUCAGAGGGAACUAAAGGAGAAAAGUGAUGAAGUAAAAAAAUUAAUGUCUAAUUUCUUUGACAAAGACCCAGAUGCUGAUAUACUGAUUCAGUGGAAAACAUCAUUUGAAAUAAAAAUCAAAGAUGUUCAAGAAAACAUUGUGAGAGAAACAAAGAGAAAACUAAAUGAAAUUCUUGAAAUUCAAAAGAUUGAUGCUCACAGGACACAGCAUGAAAACACUCUCUUAGAAAAGAGUAAAGAACUUGCAUUAAAACUCAAAGAUAAAGGAAACGAUGAAGAAAUACUGAAGAAAGAGUUUAAUUUGUUUUGGGAAGAUUGUGUUAAGAAGAUUACAACAUAUACUCCCCCAAUCAAAGACAUUAACAUACUUAAAGAUAUGAAAAUACUCCUCAGUGACAUCUAUGAAAGUCUCAAUGUGGACCAAUGGAAGGACAGUGAUAUUUUUACUUUGCAGAAUUAUUCAGGUUAUGUACAGGAAAAGAAAUUCAGGGGCUUAACAGGAUCCGUUAAAAAACUAAUUUCAGCCUCACUUUCUGAUCAAACUGAAAGCAAAAUAAGAGCCCUAAUUAAUGAAAUUGUUCAGCAGACAGACAUAAUGAUUCAAUCAUUUAAUAUUUCAAAGAUGGGCUACAACAACAGCUGCAUUCAAAAGCUAAUAGAUUACAUCAAGGCAAAACUGAAAGAAGAUGAGGAAGAGUCUGUGAAAUAUGUGUUCAAGAAUGAAUUCUUCAUAGAUUUUGUAUUUUCUAUAUUUAAGAGAGCAGAAAAGACAUUCAAUGAUCAACACAGAAUGUUCAGAGAAGUCAAUGAUCCUGUUCUCUAUCUGGAGAAGAAGAGAGAUGAAUACUAUAGUAUUUUCAAGAAAUACUGUCAAGGAGCAACAUCAGCUGCUAUUUUUGGUGAGAUCAUCUGUCAGAAACUGAAGAGACCCAUUGAACAGAGUGUCUAUAAACAGACUGCCAGAGAUUUAGCAGCUGAAAUCAGAUCAAACUGUCCAUCACUGAAUGGAAACAGAUCAAAUCUGGAGAAACACAUCCUGCAAAAAAUUACAGAAGAGGAAAACCUUGACAAAAACAUGAACUACAUUAAUAAUCCAAAAGAUCACUUCAAGAGUUUCAUCAGAGAUGAAGUCCAUCAGUACAUCAGUGAUAAGUUCAUUAUCAGUGUUCAACCAAAGUUGAAGCAGAACAUUGAAGUCCUGCAGCAGAAGAUCCUGACAGCAGCUUAUGAAUCUACUGAAGAUGUUCAAGUGAAGAGUGAAGAUGUUGAUUUGUGGUUGAAGUUUUUCACAUAUAAGCUCUCAGAUGUUCUGAUAUUCUCUAUGAAGGACUUCAGUGGAGUCAAUCAUGAUGAUGUUGAUGAUUUUAAACUCCUAGAAGAUGUGAUAAAAACAGAACUUCCAUCUAUAAUAUCUGACAUCAGCAGAGAGUUCAGCACAGAUACAUUUGAUAAAAAACUGGACACCAGCAACAGACCAGAUGAGAUUCUGAUUAAUCAAUUAUGUCGGUGCUGUUGGGUUCAGUGUCCAUUUUGUAGAGCCAUCUGCACCAACACAAUCGAGAAUCAUGAUGAAGAUCACAGUGUUCCUUUCCACAGAGUAAUUGGAAUCAAUGGGUGUCAUUACAGGGGCACAACAAACCUGUGUGUUGACAUAUGCACAACACAAGUAGCAAGCAACACUGCAUCUUUUCAUCCAGAUUCCACAGACAGGACAGUCCUCUGGAGAGAAUACAGAACAGCAGGAGAACAUUUUGAAAAGUGGAGCAUCACCCCUGACCUCUCUGAGUUGCCUUACUGGAAGUGGUUUGUGUGCAAAUUUCAAAAAGAUCUUGAAAAUAAUUAUGAAAAAACAUUCCAGAAUUGUGGAAAGAUUCCAGAUGAAUGGAAACAAAUCACCAAACAGGAAGCUGUUGAUAGUUUAGAUAAAUACAUCUAAUUCAAUGAAAACAAAACACAUGAAAUUAUUCAUUUAUAACUCAUACUGUAUUAAAAUAAUCCAAAAAGCAAUUUAACCCUCUGGGGUCCGACCAUUUUGGGACACUGGCAGAGGUUGUGGCAUGCUCUUACAUUUGUUCUUUUUUCAGUUGCUUUAAAGCAUAAAAAUGGCAAGUGUCUCAUAACACUGCGUUUAGCACAAACUGGGCUACAAUAUUAUUUGAGCUACAUGUACAUGUUUGUGUUUUUGAGAGAAAAAAGUUUAUGCGUGGUUUUUAAAAAAGCUAAUUUUUAAGUCACUGAUAUAAGUCCACAAAACCCAUACUAAACAUGUUUUAACAAGACUUUUCUAAACAGAAUCUAUCAGUCUAGAGUUUUUCCUUAAAAUGAUGUGAGAAUCAUUCUGCCUACUCAUUCACAUAAAACAAUAUAUUGGUUUAAAGACACUUUUUGUUUAGAGGGGCCGUAUGUGAGAAGGAUUGAUUGACAGCUGAGCAAACACAGACUCACAUAAUAACCUGCAUAAUGAACCUUUAGGCAGGAAUGUGAGAAGAAACUACAGUAAAGAAUGUAGAGGACAAAAGGAAUGUAUACAUGUUUGUUUGUGGUUAAUUAAGAAGUUAACAAUAUAAUCAAAAUAGAAAUGACAGUCAAUGGGACAUUUUCAGUUAUUUGGAAACAAACCCUAUUCAAAAACUUAACUUGUAUACACUAAGAAACUGAUACACAACAGAGCUGUAAACUUCAUGUGGCUCAUGUUACCAUAUAACUUUAUGUCCAAAAAGUGUUAAUAUGUUUUUCCGCUUCAUAGUUUUGUACUGAUGAGAGGGAAGCAGACCUGUAAGAGAGUUAUGAACAGCUGUUAGCAUAAAUUGUCCACAGAAAUACUGCAAAAGCUAACAUACAUAACUGAUGGGUAAAUAUCACUGAUAGCACUGCAUACGGAUAAACUAUCAUGUACAUAAACUAAAUUCAAAACAUCUCAGAUAAACAUCUGCAGUGAUAUAAAAAGCUGUUUUCUGAUGCCCAUUGACUGAUCAUCUAGCUUCUGUUGUUUUAAUGCGUUUCUGUAGGCGCGUAUGAACUUUAAAAACACAUCGCAUAUGAAGCAAUUUAAAGGGAACGAAAAAGGAAACUGAAAAAUAUUGAAAGUUUAAAGGAAUAGUCUACUCAUUUUCAAUAUUAAACUAUGUUAUUACCUUAACUAAGAAGAGUUGAUACAUACCUCUAUCAUCUUAGUGCGUGCACGUAAGCCCUGUGGCGCGCGGCGACACUUCGAUAGCAUUUAGCUUAGCCCCAUUUAUUCAGUGGUACCAAACAGAUGAAGUUAGAAGUGACCAAACACAUCAAUGUUUUUCCUAUUUAAGACGAGUAGUUAUAUACAAGCAAGUUUGGUGGUACAAAAUA